UAACACACAUCUAGACUGACAAGGACUUCACAGUCAUGUCUGGCCAUCUCAUAAUGGUACUAUGGGUUUGUGGCAGUAUAGGUCAACUCUAUGGAGCUGCCCCGUAUCCUGGUGACUUUUCGCAGCAUUGGACCGACCUCGUUACCACUUUGGACGAGAGAGUUGCCAAAUUAGAGAGUCUUCUUACAGCAAAAGAUGUUAGGAUUGGUCAGCUUGAGACACGGCUGGACACUGAAAUUGAAAAGAAAAACUUGAAGGUAUCAGAGCUGAGAGAGAAAAUGGAUCAGGAGAUUGUCAAACCAAGUGAUGCUAGAAUAAGAGAGCUCGAGGCAAAGCUUGACAGUGAAACUGAAAAGAAAAACUCGGAAAUAUCAGAACUGAGACAGAAAAUGGACGUUCUUAUAAAAACAACAAACAUUUUAUAUAAAUGUUUACACCAACCCGAUUUUGAAGACACUGUUCAAAGAAUAAAAAGCGGCAAUGUUGACAAGGAAAGGACAACAAAAGAAGUCGGAUUAAAAGAGAAUGAACCGGAAACUAUACUCAAGGAAGGUAACACAACACAAAAACACACGGAAACAAUCUACAAGGUCCAGGACAAUAUGGUGGGCUACCUUGAUAGGAGACGCAGUGAACCUACAGGGCGGAUACAGAGGAGAGUCAGACGCGUUGCUCCUUCUUCAUCAACCGUGGCAUUUCAUACAAAAAUGUCCUCUGCAAAGACGUUGGUGAAUGGUGUAACAAUGAUAUUCGACAAUGAGAUACUCGACCAAGGAAAUGGCUACAACCCGCGUGAUGGGAUAUAUACGGUACCAGUGUCCGGUACGUAUGUUCUCACAUGGACAGUUUUGUCUGAAACUAAUUCUUACCUCCUGACAGCUCUUGUAGUAAACGGAGAAGAAAUGGGUAUCUCAAUGACCAAUUCAGAGGACAUCACCGACAAGCACCAGACUACUGCGAUCGUUGUACUGCCUUUGGACCAGGGCGAUCAUAUGUUCAUACGGGUUAAAAUAAUAGCUGGGAGCAUGGUUAGUGAUACAUUACAUGGAAAACCAACAUUUUCUGGUUGGAAACUAUAAAUGAAAGUUGUUAUUAAA